CAGGCUAUCUAUACAUGUACAUGCUUGAUAUCUGUCACGUUAAAGCAAAAUAAACCAACUGUAGUGAAUGGACGAUGAGUAUAUACAAAUCAACUAGGGCAGUCAUUUAAGUAUACACUCAAUUCCUUUUGUGUGUGAUUAUAAACUAAUAAAAGAAGGAACUAUAAUACAAUCACAAACUGUUCAUGAUGUCCACUUCCGGUUCCGUGGCCGUGUUGGGCGCUGGAGUGAUCGGUCUAUCCACGGCCGCCGCAGUCCUCGACCUUUUACCCGAUGUCAAGGUCACCGUGAUGGCGGACAAGUUCGGCGCGGAUACGACGAGUUACGGAAGUGGCGGUCUGUUUGUACCGUCGUUGUUUUCGGCAGGAGAGGAUAAUAAACAUAGAUACAGGCAAUGGAUGAGGGAAUCGGGAAGCUACUUUCGCGAGCUUUUGACAGGACCAGAGGCCGGGGUGGCAGGGGCCAUGGCUUUGUCCGGAUUUCUGCUCGCGAGGACGGAAGAAGACAUUGAAGUAGAACCACCUUAUAGAGAUGACGUCAUCAGUUUUAGAGAAAUGACUAAACAAGAACUUCACAGGCUUGGGUUAUCGGAGUACAAACACGGUUAUGCGAUAACGACCUACAUCAUAAACCAGAGCAAAUACCUGCAAUGGAUGCAGAAGAAUCUUGAAAAAAGGGGCGUGACGUUUAUUCAGAAGAGAUUCACGGAUUUAUCAGAGCUGUGCGGGCAGUUCGGGGCAGUGGUGAACUGUACAAGCCUCGGCAGCCGGGAGCUUUGCGGGGACCGGAAAUUAUACGCACUUCGAGGACACAUGGUUAGGGUCCGUGCACCGUGGAUCAAACACUGGGUGUACGUCGACCACGACACAUAUAUCAUUCCGGGUGAAGACCUGGUUGCUCUUGGUGGUUCUAAGGUGGAAGGGGACGAGACUCUGAUCCCUGAUCCCGCGAGAGGCCGGGAAAUAAGGGAUCGAUGUGAGCGGCUCUGUCCCGCCAUUAAGUGUGCGGAAGCUGACCACGAGUGGGUAGGCCUGAGGCCGUGCAGGAAGGGUGGCAUCCGCCUGGAGAUUCAGACAUUGUCAACCGGAGGCAGAUCAAUGAAGGUUAUUCACAACUAUGGGCACGGAACAAGCGGUGUCGCAUACUCCUGGGGAACCGCCCUUGAGGCCGCGCGCUACGUCCGUGAUGUCAUUACGCCUGGUGCCCGGCUAUGAGGUGUAUCAAAGAUUCAUGACGUCAUUACGCCUGGUGCCCGGCUAAGAGUUGUUUCAAAGAUUCGUGACGUCAGCAUGUCUGUUGCACAGCUCUAGGGUGGUGCAUUGAACCACAGGGGUUUCUCUCUAAAAAAAAAUCUUAUAUAUAUUAUAUAGACAAGGGGUUAAACUCAAAUUUUGCAAUCCUCCAAAAAAUGAAGUAAACAAGGUAUUACAGUUAAAUUAAUGUUUUUGUUAUAAAUAAAGUGACUAAUGUCAAUAUACAAAUGACUUUUAAAAGACCGAAAUCAACAGAGUAUUAAAUUAUCCAUUAAAAUCCAUAUAUCAUCGCAUUUGGACACACGUUCGCAAAAAUCCAAUAUAUGAAAUUACCUCAGUAAAUAUCACGAUGCGUGUAAUAUUGUACGAUUACAUGUAUCCAGUUCGUUGAAGUAUCAUAAAUUUGAACACCAACCACUUUGUUCGUUGGAAUUGAAUGAUUUACACCACUAUAAUUGGCGAAAAACAAACAUCGAGUUUAUUUUUGUCUUUCCUCGGCCAUUUUGAUUUCCAACACUCCAUACAGUUAUAUCCAGCGUUUUCAUUGGCUGAUGACUGGCUCCGUCACGGCGGUGGUUUUUACAAUAGCCAAUAAAUUAAUUCGUAACAAAGUUUAACGCACGCGCAGAAAAUGGCGAGUUUGACAGAUUAACUAUGCUGAGGGAAUUUUCGGUGUUUUGUGCUCUUCUUCGGAAUGCAUCGGUAAAAAUUGCGCAUUUAAUAUUAUUAUUUUUUGUUAUUUUAAUGAAUUAUAGCGUUUAAUAUUCGUCAUUUCGUAGAAAAAGGUACAUUUACCUACGUUGUUUCCGUUUGUGUCUGGAUUGCAAAAUUUGAGUUCAACCCCUUGUCUAUAUAAUAUAUAUAUAUAUAUAAAAAAAAUUCGAGAGAAACCCCUGUGCAUUGAACUAUGAAAAAAUGCAUUUGUAGAAUUUAUAUUUACUUUUUUGGUAUUUUGCUGUGAUUACUUAACUUUGCAAAUACGAAAGCAGAACACGACCGCAAAAAUUGAUUUCACUAAUUGUUAUUAGCAUAUGCAGAUAGUCCACACUUUAUUAUGCUUAAUGUAAACUCACACGGUAGAACUUUGUUAAAAUA